GGCAUCAUCGCUGAGUACAACAAAAUCAAUGGCAUCAAGGAGGAUGACGAUACAGAAAAAUUUAAGGAAGCUAUAGUGAAAUUUCACAAGCUAUUUGGGAUGCCGGAAGAAGAGAAAUUAGUGAACUACUACUCCUGCAGUUACUGGAAGGGCAAGGUUCCCCGUCAGGGCUGGGUGUAUCUCAGCAUAAAUCACCUUUCCUUUUACUCUUUCCUCAUGGGCAGGGAAGCAAAGUUAGUUAUCCGCUGGGUCGAUAUCACUCAACUUGAGAAGAAUGCUACACUGCUCUUCCCCGAUAUGAUCAAAGUGAGCACAAGGUCAAGUGAACAUUUCUUCUCAGUAUUCCUUAAUAUCAGUGAGACAUUUAAACUAAUGGAACAGCUUGCCAAUAUAGCUAUGCGACAGCUUUUGGACAAUGAAGGAUUUGAACAAGACAGGUCAUUACCCAAACUGAAAAAGAAAUCCCCAAAAAAAGUAUCUGCACUAAAACGGGAUCUUGAUGCCAGAGCAAAGAGUGAGAGAUACCGUGCGUUGUUCCGACUUCCCAAGGAUGAGAAAUUAGAUGGACACACAGACUGUACUCUCUGGACUCCAUUCAAUAAAAUGCAUAUUUUGGGUCAGAUGUUUGUUUCUACAAACUACAUUUGCUUUACUAGUAAAGAAGAGAACUUGUGCAGCCUUAUUAUCCCUCUUCGAGAGGUGACAAUAGUGGAAAAGGCAGACAGCUCCAGUGUGUUGCCCAGCCCAUUAUCUAUCAGCACGAAAAACAGAAUGACAUUCCUUUUUGCCAACUUGAAAGACAGAGACUUUCUUGUACAAAGGAUCUCAGACUUUCUGCAACAAACCACUUCAAAAAUAUACUUGGAAAAAAAUAUUUCUGGAAGCUCUAUCAGCUCAGAUGAUGAGGUGUUUACAAGAUCAAGUAGUUUAAUUUCUGCCAGCCCUCAUAAAAGCCUCAGCUCUGAGUCAGAGGGAGAACGACAGUUCAAUCUCAAUGACAAUGGCAUUCCAACAGCAACUCAAGCUUUAAUGACAAUGUAUCGGCGGAGGUCACCUGAGGAGUUCAACCCCAAGCUGGCUAAAGAGUUUUUGAAGGAACAGGCCUGGAAGAUUCACUUUGCUGAAUAUGGCCAAGGAGUCUGUAUGUAUCGUACAGAGAAAACCAGAGACCUUGUGCUGAAGGGCAUUCCAGAAAGCAUGAGAGGGGAACUUUGGCUACUAUUUUCAGGAGCCAUUAAUGAAAUGGCCACUCAUCCUGGCUAUUAUGAGGACCUAGUGGAGAAAUCGAUGGGGAAGUAUAAUCUUGCUACAGAAGAGAUAGAGAGGGAUCUGCACCGCUCCCUUCCAGAACACCCUGCGUUCCAGAAUGAGAUGGGUAUUGCUGCUCUAAGGAGAGUCUUGACAGCUUACGCUUUUAGAAAUCCAAACAUAGGAUAUUGUCAGGCUAUGAAUAUUGUUACUUCAGUACUCCUCCUUUAUGCAAAAGAGGAGGAAGCUUUCUGGCUGCUGGUGGCUCUGUGUGAACGUAUGCUACCUGACUACUACAACACAAGAGUUGUUGGAGCAUUGGUGGAUCAGGGUGUCUUUGAAGAGUUGGCUCGUGACUAUGUUCCACAACUUUAUGACUGCAUGCAGGACUUGGGUGUAAUAUCCACCAUAUCCCUGUCCUGGUUCCUCACUCUAUUCCUCAGUGUAAUGCCAUUUGAGAGUGCAGUGGUGGUUGUGGAUUGUUUCUUCUGUGAAGGAAUAAAGGUGAUAUUUCAAUUAGCGCUUGCUGUCCUCGAUGCUAAUGUAGACAAGCUGCUUAACUGUAAAGAUGAUGGAGAAGCCAUGACAGUCUUGGGAAGAUAUUUGGACAGCGUAACUAAUAAGGACAGCACUCUUCCACCCAUUCCUCAUCUUCACUCACUGCUCAGUGAUGAUGUAGAGCCUUAUCCUGAGGUGGAUAUCUUCAGACUAAUCAGGUCUUCUUAUGAGAAAUUUGGAAGUAUCCGAGCAGAUUUAAUUGAACAAAUGAGAUUCAAACAAAGGCUGAAAGUUAUCCAAACCCUUGAAGAUACUACAAAGCGCAAUGUGGUACGAACUAUUGUGACAGAGACUUCUUUUACUAUCGAUGAACUGGAGGAACUGUAUGCUCUUUUCAAGGCAGAACAUCUGACUAGCUGCUACUGGGGAGGAAACAGCAAUGCUAUUGACCGGCAUGAUCCCAGCCUGCCUUAUCUGGAGCAGUACCGUAUUGACUUUGAGCAGUUCAAGGGGAUGUUUGCUCUCCUCUUUCCUUGGGCAUGUGGAACUCAUUCAGAUGUAUUAGCUGCGCGCUUAUUCAGGCUUCUUGAUGAAAAUGGAGACUUGCUCAUCAACUUCCGUGAAUUCGUCUCUGGGCUAAGUGCAGCAUGCCAUGGAGAUCUUACAGAGAAGCUGAAGCUACUGUAUAAAAUGCAUGUUUUGCCUGAUCCAUCCCCUGAGCAAGAAGAGCCAGACUCUGCUUUUGAAGCUACUCAGUACUUUUUUGAAGACAUCACACCCGAAUGUACACACGUUGUUGGCCUAGACAGCAGGAACAAACAAGGAGUAGAUGAUGGGUUUGUUACAGUGAGUCUGAAACCAGACAAAGGCAAGAAGAGCUCACAAGAGAAUCGAAAUUAUCUGAGAAUGUGGAGCCAAGAGAAUAAAUCCAAAGCAAAAAACACAAAGGACUUGCCCAAACUGAAUCAGGGACAGUUCAUUGAACUGUGUAAGACAAUGUACAAUAUGUUCAGUGAAGACCCCAAUGAACAAGAUCUGUACCACGCUACCGCUGCUGUGACAAGCUUGCUUUUGGAGAUAGGUGAGGUUGGUAAGCUCUUCAGUGUGCAGCCCACAAAAGAGACAGACAGCAGCAGUAACAAUUGCAGCAAAACUAUUCAGAGCGAACUGUUUCAGAAGAAAGAGCACCUGCAGUACCCCCUUGAACAGCACAAGCCGUUCCAAAGCAGCCUCGUCACCAACGAUGAGGAGGGCGUUUGCACCGACAGCGCCCUGAGCAUGCAGAUGGAAGACAUUAAGCUCGAAGACUCUUCUCCCAGGGACAACGGAGCCUGUUCUUCCAUGCUCAUUUCCGAUGAUGAUACAAAAGAUGAUAGUUCGAUGUCCUCCUACUCAGUACUGAGCGCAGGUUCGCAUGAAGAAGAAAAGCUGCACUGCGAGGACAUCGGUGAAGACACCGUUUUGGUACGGAGCAACCACACCACUUCUCUUCGUAGAAGCACUAGCAUUGACCGAGACUGGGCCAUUACCUUUGAACAAUUUUUAGCCUCCCUUUUGACUGAGCCAGCGCUGGUUAGGUACUUUGACAAGCCUGUGUCCAUGAUGGCUAGGAUUACUAAUGCUAAAAACGUAAGGAUGAUGGGUAAACCAAUAACCUCGGCCAGUGACUAUGAAAUCUCUACUAUGUCGGGAUAA